CCUUUUACAGAAAAAAUAAAAAAUCAAUUCUCAGCCACAUGACCCGUUGAUAAUAGGUUGAUUUUGAGUCUUCACACACCAACUUCACACAAAGAGGCAUCUCAUCCCAAUCUCCUUCUACGCAGUCGAUUCGAAAACUUGAUUUCAUGUUAGUAAUCACCACAAAUAAUGGAAGCUUUUCUAGAGGAGUUUCAACAUCUUAAAAUCCAACUGGAAGAUAUAAAGUCAGCCACCGGCAACUUUGAUACGAGCAACGUUAUCGGAAAAGGUGGAUUUGGGAUGGUUUACAAAGGAGUACUCUCUAACUGUAAGGACCGAAGAAUGGUUGCUGUUAAGCGUUUAGAUCGUUGCUAUGGGCAAGGAGACCCUGAAUUCUUUAAAGAGAUCCUAAUGCUUUCCCGCUAUACACAUGAAAAUCUCAUCUCUCUUGUGGGAUUUUGCGAUGAUGAUGGUGAGAAGAUCCUUGUAUACGAGCAUGCCUAUCAUGGAAGCCUCGAUUGCCAUCUAAGUAGCACUACUCUCACGUGGAGACAACGACUCAAGAUAUGCCUUGCGGCUGCAAUCGGAUUGUGCUACCUUCAUGAUCCUAAUGAGACACAACACAGAAUCAUCCAUCGAGAUAUUAAAAGUUCCAACAUCCUAUUAGAUGAGAAUUGGAAUGCUAAAGUUUCAGAUAUGGGACUUUCGAAAAUAGGUCCCGCUAAUCAGAAGCACACCUUUCUUGUCUCAAAUGUUGUAGGUACGUUUGGGUAUGUAGAUCCGACUUAUGCGGAGAAGAGCAUCCUAACGAAAGAGUCAGAUGUAUACUCUUUUGGAGUUGUCUUAUUUGAAGUAUUGUGCGGGAGACUAUGCUUCGAAUAUAAAAAUGGUCAUUGUGAGAGUUUAGUGCGAAUGUGGAAAAAGAGAUGCAAACAAAAGAAAUUAGAUGAGAUUAUCUUUAAAGAUUUGAAGCAACAAAUGGAUAUGAAUUCAUUGGAAACAUUUUCAGACAUUGCCUAUCAAUGUUUGCAAAAUUCUCGUGAAGUACGACCAAAGAUGUAUCAUGUUGUGGAAAAACUUGAGAUUGCGCUUCGGUUUCAGGAGAUUUAUGAAGUGGUGGAACCACCAAUAGACUAUAAUGAGAUGAGCAAGACUGCAGUACCUCCUCUGGUGUAUAGAUCCAAAGAGGAACUAAAGAGGCUUCUCUCCAAUGGAAUCUUCGUAAACGAGGGAAAAACGUGGUUUUGGUUAAAUAAGAAUGGAGAACACUGUGAAAUGAUAUCCGCAAAAGAAUGUAUGACUCCUAUUCGCUUCUCAUCAUCCGAGUAUGCACCUCCUGGUCAAACUAAAUCAAGAUUUGCCGUAGACUACUAUCCACCAUUCUGUAGGAAAUUCAAAACACAUGUCAAACCACAAUUUUUGUCACCACAUACCACAUACACAGUAAAUCUUGUGUUUAAUCUUGGCUACAAAAAUCUGGAUUAUUUAGGACUCAACUACGUAUUGUCUGGGAACACAAAGUCUUCGACUUUGUACUUAGCAGAUAAGAGAGAAGAUGGAUGGUUGAUGGCUGAAUUGUAUCAGUUUACCAGCGACAGGAGAAAUAUUGAUCUUGAAAUAACAUUUCUAUCCAGAUAUCCAUUGGCAGUAGAAGGCAUUGAGUUUCUUCCUCUAGAUAGAGUGGAGCAUGAAGUGUUAAAGGAUGUGGAGAUGGAUAUACAGACCAUAUCAGAUUCUGAAACAUAUUGGGAACAAAAGUUGCCUGGUGACUAUGAAGAAAUUAUAAAGUGGUCAAAAGAUAAUGUGCAAUGGACAACAAAGAAGGAACUCUACUCUAUUCUUUGCAAAGGGUUCCCAAUCCAGGAUUGUAAAGAGUGGCUAUAUCUUGCAAAAAAUGGGAAGAAAUGUCUUAUGAUAUCAGCAAGAACGUGUUUACGAAAACAAGAGUGGAGCUGGCAGUCUUUACCCGAAUUAAGAUUUGAAGAAGUGGCUUUUGAUCUUCAUGGCAGCAGCUUUUGGUUAAGCUGCAAAUCCAAAUUAUUGUCACCAGAAAAAACAUUUGCAGUUUACCUUGUUUACAAAUUACAAGAAAACCAUUUUGGAUUUGAAGCUCCUGUGAAAGUGACAGAUGUUAUUGCUAGACGUACUUAUGAGAGGAAUCAUUCAUGGUAUAUUUUUUUUCUUAGUCCUCAAACUCCGGUGGUUAGACGAAAGGUUUAUCAAAACACACACAACCCAUUGAAUAGACCCAAAAUAAAAGGACUUCCACAACAAAGAAAUGAUGGUUGGAUGGAAGUACAAGUAUGGGAAUUUCAAACCAAUACUAACACUAAACGGCUUCCAGAUGAACUUUUAUUAACCUUUUUCAAUAACAAUUUGCCUAGAGGGCUUAUUGUUCAAGGGAUUGAGGUUGAACAUAUAUAGCUUCUGUUAUUUAUGAUUGGGCAUGAACCAUUUGUAUAAAUUAGUUUUGAUUUUAUUUCCUACACUUCUUUCUGUUGGAGUAAUUCAAAGAAAAAAGGGUCAAAGGGCAUUUUUGUAAAUUUUCCAUAUCUUAGUUUAUUUACCCAAUUUUAGUAUAUGAUUCAAAUUCUUAGUAUAAAUAGGGUUCAACGCUUUCUUUAUUUUUCGUUUGGAACUCACUUUAGCUUCUCAAUAGAGCUUUGACAGCAAGUAACUUUUGUACC